AUGAUUUGCUCCUCUUUCGCUCCAAAGUCCCUCAUAGGCACAUUCUUCAGCCAUCCAACGACACUGCCACUAACACCCAACCCCACAGGCAGCAGCAUGAAGGUCGAACUUUGCUCAUUCUCAGGCCAAAAGAUUUACCCAGCCAAGGGUCGUCUUUACGUCAGACUCGACAACAGAGUCUUCAGAUUCGCCAACGGAAAGUGCGAGUCACUCUUCCUCCAACGUAAGAACCCAAGAAAGAUCGCCUGGACCGCUUUCUGCCGUAAGCUCCACAAGAAGGGUGUUACCGAGGAAGUUCACAAGAAGAAGGGCAAGAAGUCCGCAAAGACUUCCCGUGGUAUCGUCGGUCUCGACCUCGAAGCUAUCCAAGCCAAGAGAACCCAGAAGCCAGAAGUCCGUACUGCUGCUCGUCAAGAGGCCAUCAAGCAAGCUAAGGAGUCUAAGGCUGCCAGAGCCAACGCUACCAAGGCUCACGCUCCAGUCGCCGCUGGCCCAGGUGCUACCAAGGGAGCUGGUCCAAACAAGGGCAAGUAA